AUGGUGAGGACUCGUACAUCUGCAAGUGGUGAUCAGGACCCUAUUCCUGCGCCUGCUUCUGGGAGCACUAUCCGAGGUAGAGGCAGAGGACGAGGUCGAGGUCGAGGUCGGGGUAGGGGUCGUAUUGCAGCACCUGUUGAAGGGCAAGUACCAAUAGCUACCCAGGGCCGUGAUAGGACAGUACGUCCUGAUACAGAUGUUAUUCAUGGGGAUGUGCAGGAUCAUGUCGAGGGGGAUGGACCAGCUCAGGCUCCACCCAGCAUUAUUGCCACCCCAGUGCUUCAAGAUACCUUGGCUCGUAUGUUAGGACUUCUAGAGGGGAUGGCUCAGGCGGGAACUUUGCCUGUCGCCUCUGAUGCUUCACAAACCCAUGUUGGAGGUCAGACUCCAGAUCCGAUGGUUGCUCCAGAUUCUCAAACUCCCAGGACCCAACCAGCUGCUGCUGUAGCUCCCCGUUUAGAUAGUAUGGAAUAUCCAGGUAUUGCAUCACACUUGGCGAACAGGCCUUCCAUGACCAUUGAUGAACAAAAGAUGUUUGGGAGGUUGAGACUAAUGAAUCCUCUUACGUAUACUGGUGACUUAACUGAGGAUGCAUAUGAAUUUAUAGUUAGUUGUCAUGAGAGGUUGCAUAAUCUUGGAUUAGUGGAGUCUCAUGGAGUUGACUACACAGCGUUUCAGAUGACUGGCUCAGCCAAGCAGUGA